AUGGCGCCUGCAGGAUCCUCUAACAAUCUUUUUCUUCUUUCUCUGUGUAUGUGGCGUUCUGCACAGAAGCACAAGGCUGCAGCCCAAGAUUGGCUAAACCAUGGAGGAGACUUGUACAACAGAAGAUAUGCAAACAGGGAGAAGAAGAUAAGCCCUGCAACAGUUUCCAAUCUCAGUUUGAAGUGGAAAUUCUAUGCAGGCGGUGACAUAACUGUGACACCAGCCAUCGUCGACGGCACUCUCUACUUCCCCAGCUGGAACGGCUACCUCUAUGCUGUCAAAGCCUCUGAUGGUUCCUUGGUUUGGAAGAAGAAUGUGCAGGAGCUGACAGGCUUUAACAACACCGGUUUCAUCCUUAAUGUCAACUCCACCGUGACCCGAUCGACCCCAACUGUUGCUGGUGAUCUGCUCAUUGUUGGGAUCUAUGGCCCUGCUUUUGUUAUUGCUGUGAAAAGGUCCAAUGGAAAGCUGGUCUGGUCUACCAGACUUGACAACCACACGAGAGCUUUUAUCACCAUGUCCGGAACCUAUUACAAGGGGGGUUACUAUGUUGGAACAUCCUCUCUAGAAGAAGGACUCACCAUUGAGCAAUGCUGCACCUUUCGCGGGAGCAUCUCGAAGUUAGAGGUUCGAACAGGAGCAAUCUUAUGGCAGACCUUCAUGCUGCCAGACAAUUUUGGCAAGUUUGGAGAGUAUGCUGGAGCAGCAAUAUGGGGAAGCAGCCCUUCCAUUGAUGUCCCUCGGAACCUUGUCUUCAUUGCCACUUCAAACCUGUACUCAGCUCCUCCACGUAUAAUUGAAUGCCAGGAGAAGGAAAACAAUCAAACAGUGCCUUCUCACCCAGAGGCCUGCAUUGAGCCUGACAACCACUCUGAAUCCAUUGUAGCUCUUGAUUUAGACACUGGGAAAAUCAAAUGGUAUAAGCAGCUAGGAGGCUAUGAUAUAUGGUUCGGUGCGUGCCAUCGACAUUUGGACCCAAGGUGCCCGCCUGGACCUAGCCCAGAUGCGGAUUUUGGUGAAGCACCAAUGAUGUUAACCACAUAUGUCAAUGGGACUAAAAAGGAUAUUGUUGUUGCUGUUCAGAAAAGUGGGUUUGCUUGGGCUCUGGAUAGAGAUUCUGGUAGCUUAGUGUGGUCUACGGAAGCUGGACCAGGAGGGCUAGGAGGAGGAGCAAUGUGGGGUGCAGCCACAGACGAAAAAAGGGUCUAUACAAACAUAGCCAACAGCCAGCACAAGAACUUCACUCUGAAACCAUCCCAGAACAGCACAAUUGCUGGUGGAUGGGUGGCAAUGGAGGCUCGCAGUGGCAAUAUCAUAUGGUCCACGGCCAAUUCCAAUGAUGCUACUGCUCCUGCAGCUGUUACUGUGGCCAAUGGUGUUGUUUUCGGAGGAUCCACGCACCGGCAAGGACCGAUAUACGCAAUGAAUGCUAAGACAGGAAAGAUUUUGUGGUCAUAUGAUACAGGAGCCACUGUGUAUGGUGGCAUUUCAGUUAGUGAUGGAUGCAUUUACCUUGGAAAUGGUUACAAGGUGUUUAAUGGAUUUGUCAACCCCAAUUACACUGCAGGAACCUCGCUCUUUGCCUUCUGUGUUUAGGACCUACCAAUAU